UGAAAUAGAAAAGGAAGAAAAAAAAAAGAAAAAAAGGGAAGAGUUGAGUCAGUCUAACAAACUUUGCAGGACAGAUUUAAAGGCAAAAAAAAAAAAGAUUAUAUCGGAAGACAUUAGGUGAAAAAGCAACGCGACGCACAGUACAAGCGGAUAACUUGCCACGUCUGUCCUACUGAGCAGGAAACAAAAAACUUUCUGCGCUUCCUACUUUCAGCGUCUGAACACCAUCUCUAAGGUUUAACCGGUUACAACAACUGUAAGCAAGCUGAAAAGGGUCCUGUCUCGUCACUACUACAAGUUGACUCGUUGGCGGGGCGUUGGUUUUUUCCCCGGUCUUCCUCCUCCUCCUCCUCUAACACACUCAUCACUGUGCGCGCACACACACGCUCCAAAGGCGCAGGACGACGCAACCCACAUCCCUUCAUCACACUACUCUUUAAAAAGAGGGGGAAAAAACACAAGAAAGAACGCGUUUAAAAUGGCCGGAACAAACAGCAUCGACGCAGUGAAGAGAAAGAUUAAAGUUUUGCAGCAACAAGCCGACGAGGCAGAAGAAAGGGCCGAGAUUUUGCAGAGACAAGUCGAGGAAGAGAAGCGCGCCCGAGAGCAGGCUGAGGCAGAGGUGGCCUCUCUGAACAGGCGUAUCCAGCUGGUUGAGGAGGAGCUGGACAGAGCUCAGGAGAGACUGGCUACAGCCUUACAGAAGCUGGAAGAAGCAGAGAAGGCAGCAGAUGAGAGUGAGAGAGGCAUGAAGGUGAUUGAGAACAGGGCCCUGAAGGACGAGGAAAAGAUGGAGUUACAGGAGAUCCAGCUGAAGGAGGCCAAGCACAUUGCUGAGGAGGCCGACCGCAAAUACGAGGAGGUGGCUCGUAAGCUGGUGAUUGUCGAGGGAGAGCUGGAGCGCACUGAGGAGAGAGCUGAGCUCGCCGAGGCUAAAUGUGCAGAGCUGGAGGAGGAGCUGAAAAAUGUCACCAACAAUCUAAAGAGUCUGGAGGCUCAGGCUGAGAAGUAUUCCCAGAAGGAAGACAAAUAUGAGGAGGAGAUCAAGAUCCUGACUGAUAAACUGAAAGAGGCUGAGACUCGUGCUGAGUUUGCCGAGAGGUCUGUAGCCAAGCUGGAGAAGACCAUUGAUGACCUGGAAGAUGAGCUCUAUGCUCAGAAACUCAAGUACAAGGCCAUUAGUGAAGAGCUGGAUCACGCCCUCAACGACAUGACCUCUAUAAAAGCUAAAAGAUGCCAAGGAGGAGAACCUCAAGAUCCAUGCCACUCUAGACCAGACCUUGAGCGAACUGAACAGCUUCUAAACAUCUUGGACCAGGACAUUCCCCCUUUCCCAUUUUCAACACACUCAUCUCAUGUUUCCGAUUCGGUCCAAGUAGUCUAAUUUGCCCAAAGUUGUUUCCUUUCACCUUUCCACUCCCUUCACCCCAAAUUCUCUUAAAGCUGAGCUCACAGAACCGAGCAGCUCUGGCAGCACAGCUCUAAGCAAAUUUGCGACAAGUUUUUUGUCUUCUAGAGUCUUGAUUGUGGAGUUAGAAGUGGCAUUUUAACCCUUCUUUCACCCUGUUGUGUCUGUGUAUUGUAUUUGACAGAAUUCAGAAGAAUUGGUGCUUUUCCACAUGUGCCAAAUCCCUAAAAUGAUUCAUCUGGGGGAUGUGGUAGCUCAGUGGUUAAGGUGUUGGGCUACUGAUCGGAAGGUCAUGGGUUUGAACCCCACGUCCACCAAGCUGCCACUGCUGGGCCCUUGAGCAAGGCCCUUAACCCUCAGUUGCUCAGUUGUAAGUCACUCUGGAUAAGGGUGUCUGCUAAAUGCCAUAAAUGUAAAUGUAAAUCUGAGGGUUUCAGUGUGUUGCUUUGUGACAAAGCUUGGGUACAGUUCACUUGUCCCUUUCCUCCAUAAACAUUGUGAUCUCUAGACAUCAUCCUUCCCUAAAGCCUUUUUUUUGUGCUACUAUUUAGGCACCUUUGAGUAUAAUCAUUGCUCUGUGGUAAAUAUGUGCGGAUGCACCUGCUCUUUUUUUCCUCUCUACCUAUUGCUGUUUUCUUGCAUGCUUUUGGGACCAUUUCUAACGGUGAUGUCUUAAAAUGGUCUGGUUUCAAAACGAGCGUCUUUAAAUUGUUAUUUUUGUUGUAAGCUUAGUUAUAGGUAUUGUGUCCAGGCAUGAUGUUUGUCACUGUUUUAACAGUAAAACCGGCUUGCCUUGUUGAACCACUACAUGUGAAACACUCCAUCGGUAAGGGCCCAUGGCAAAUGUCAAGGCCUGAAAUUUGCUAAGCAUUCAUUACCAACGAUGGACUUGUCUUGCUUUUCAAUAGAGCAAUUAAAAAAAACAAGCACCAAGCUGGAACAAGGGAUUUUUACAGACAACUGAGCACCGUCACUGCCACAUUUUUCAUUUUGCAACGUCUAACUGCUACAUAUGCGAAGAUCGUUUCCAGCCCAGAAACUGAGAGAAAAGGGUAAAAUUUUAAGUCAAAAAUAAAUAAAUGAUUUAAGAGCAAAUGCAUAUUUUUAACUGGAAAAAGUCCUAAAUUCAUAUAUAAUCACUAUCUUUGUAAUGAUUUUUUGUUUGUUUAUUUUUAAAUAAAAGCCAUGAUUUUUUUUUUUUAAAUGUCA